CGUUUAUCUCUUCCUUAACACGGAAGAAACAAUCAUUGAUCUGAACCCAGCUCAUCUUCUCCGGAACAAAUACACUGCGAGGAGAGGCCUUGGUAGGAACAGCACACAGAUACCAGCCUUCUUCCUCCCCACACUAGCGCAAUCGCCCAAGUAGAGAGAGAGAGAGAGAGAGAGAUCCAGCUAUGGAGAUUGCCAUGGGGGCUAUCGGCCCUCUCCUCCCCAAGCUCGGCGAGCUGCUCAUGGGUGAGCUCACCAUGGAGAAGAAAGUGAGAAAGGGCAUCGAGUCUCUCGUGACAGAGCUGAAAUUGAUGCAUGCCGUCCUCAGCAAGGUGGCCAAAGUGCCGGCGGACCAGCUUGACGAGGGGGUCAAGAUCUGGGCAGGAAAAGUCAAGGAGCUGUCCUACCAAAUGGAGGACAUCGUUGAUGCCUUCAUGGUGCGCGUGGAGGAUGGCGGCGAGCCUGCCAACCCAAAGAACAGAGUUAAGAAGAUAGUCAAGAAGGUCAAAAAGUUAUUCAAGAAUGGCAAGGAUCUUCAUCGGAUCUCUGAUGCUCUGGAAGAAGUGGUUGUUCAAGCUAAGCAGUUGGCCGAGCUGCGUCAGAGGUAUGAGCAAGAGACGCGGGACACUAGUUCUAAUACUAGUGUUGACCCUCGCAUGGUGGCCUUGUAUACAGAUGUGACAGAGCUUGUUGGCAUUGAAGAAACACGAGACCAAUUGAUCAACAUGUUGAUUGGGGGUGAUGAUUGGUCGAAGCAUCCAUUGAAGACGGUCUCUAUUGUUGGAUUUGGCGGGUUAGGCAAGACAACUCUUGCCAGGGCAGCGUAUGACAAGAUCAAAUUGAAUUUUGAUUGUGGUGCUUUUGUGUCAGUAUCGCAAAAUCCUAACAUCAAGAAAAUCUUGAAGAGUAUUCUCUUUGAACUUGACAAGGUGAAGUAUACAGGCAUUUAUAAUGUAGAAAGGGAAGAAACUCAUCUCAUUGAUGAGCUUAUUGAAUUCCUUCAUGAAAAGAGGUACCUCAUCAUAAUUGAUGACAUAUGGGAUAAAGAAGUGUGGAAAUUAAUCAAGUGUGCUUUCUCCAAGAAGAGUCCCGGAAGCCGACUAAUCACAACAACUCGUGUCAUUAGUGUCUCAGAAGCAUGUUGCCCAUCUAGGGAUGAUAUUUACAAAAUGAAACCUCUUUCCAAUGAUGUAUCAAGAACGCUCUUCUGUAAACGAGUUUUUUCUGAUGACAAAGUGUGUCCCCAAGAAUUGGUGCAAGUAACCGAAGAUAUUUUGAAGAAAUGUGGGGGCAUACCGUUAGCUAUUAUUACUAUAGCAAGUCUUUUGGCUAGUAACCAUCAAAUAAAAACAAAAGAUCAAUGGUAUGCUUUGCUCAAUUCCAUUGGUCGUGGACUCACAGAAGAUCGAAGCGUGGAAGAGAUGAAGAAGAUAUUAUUAUUCAGCUAUUAUGAUCUACCUUCUUAUCUGAAACCAUGCUUAUUAUACUUAAGCAUCUUCCCAGAAGACCAUGAGAUUAGGAGAGAUAGACUGAUAUGGAGAUGGAUAUCAGAAGGCUUUGUUUAUAGUGAAAAGAAAGAUAUUAGCUUAUAUGAGCUCGGUGACAGCUACUUCAAUGAGCUAGUAAAUAGAAAUAUGAUCCAGCCCAUAGACAUAGGUUAUGAUGAAAAGGUAAAUGCUUGUCGUGUACAUGACAUGGUGCUUGACCUCAUAUGCUCAUUGUCAAGUGAAGAGAACUUUGUCACGAUAUUAGAUGACACUAGAAGAAAAAUGGGUAACUCAAAGAUAAAGGUUCGCAGAUUGUCCAUUCAAAAUAGCAAGAUAGAUGUGGGUACCACUAGGAUGGAGCAUGUGAGAUCUGUUACUGUUUUCUCAGAUAAUGUUGUUGGGAAAGUGUUGGAUAUUUCAAGAUUUGAAGUUCUGCGCGUGUUGGAUUUAGAAGGUUCUCAUGUCUCAGAUGUUGGGUAUGUGGGGAAACUAUUACAUUUGAGGUACUUGGGGCUAAAAGGUACUCAUGUUAAGGACCUUCCCAUGGAAAUAGGGAAGUUGCAGUUUUUGCUUACCCUGGACUUAAGAGGUACUGAGAUAAGAGUACUGCCAUCGAGUGUUGUUCAGCUAAGACGUCUAAUGUGCCUGUAUGUUGAUUAUGGUAUGGUGCUGUCUGGAAUAGGUAACCUGACUUCCCUAGAAGUGCUAGAUGACCUGGGGUUAUCUGAAGUGGACCUUGAUUUUGUGAAAGAAUUGGGCCAUCUGACCAAGCUCAGGGUGCUCCGGCUUGACUUGGAUGGUUUGGAUGAGAGCCUGGGUAAAGCUUUGGAGGAAUCCAUUGGUAAUAUGGACAAACUGGACAGCCUAGAUGUAUAUGUCCGUCGUGGAGUCAUCAAUUGCCUGAGCGAAGAUUGGGUGGCUCCUCCACAACUCCGCAGAUUGGCUUUCCCGUCAAGUGAUAGUUGGUUCAAGACAUUGCCGUCAUGGAUUAAUCCUUCAUCGCUUCCUCUCCUCUCCUAUCUGGACAUAACGGUGUUUGAAGUGCGAUCGGAGGCCAUCCAGCUUCUUGGGACUCUGCCUGCUCUUGUUUAUCUUAAGAUAAUGAAUCAUUCUGUGUACUGGGAAGGACAUGAGGUGGAAGCGCCCGUUCUUUCCUCUGGUGCGUUAUUCCCAUGUGCGACAGAGUGCCGCUUCUUUGGUAUAGGUGCUGUGCCGUCUAUGUUUCCACAAGGAGCUGCGCCAAGGCUUAAAGUCCUUUGGUUCGCCUUCCCAGCCAAGUGGGUCUCCCGUGAAAGCUUUGAUCUGGGCAUGCGGCACCUCCCUUCCCUGGAGCGAGUCGAGGUUGAUGUUAUGGAGGGAGCUAGCAGUCAGGAGGAGGUGGAUGAAGCGAAGGCUGCGGUGAGGGCCGCAGCAGAUGGCCACCCCAACCGUCCCGUCCUUCGCUUCAGUACGCAGUAA